AUGGUGACCAGCAUGCCACAGGCCAUGGCUCCCUGGAAUGCUCCACAGAUGCACAGCAUGGGUUACUCGGACCAUGGCCUACACUAUCACCAGCAGCACAUGAUGCCCACUUAUCUGCCUGUCCCUAAUGCCAUGCCUGCCGUUCCUCAAAUGCCAAGGGAGCCACUUCCUAAGCCAGGGCAAAGCGGACCUUGGAGUAACGACGAGGACAGUAUUCUCAUGGAGGCCAAGCUGAAAGGCAUGUCUUGGGAAGAGAUCCACCGCCAACACUUUCCCGGCAAGUCGGCUAAUGCCUGUCGGAAGAGGCAUGAAAGGGUCCUGGCGAAGGUGCGCAACACCAAUUGGGAUGAAGCCAGGAUCCAAAGGGUAACGGAUGCAUACCACAAGCAUCGAAGCUCGAUAUGGGCGCCACUAUGCAACGAGCUUGGAGAAUCCUUGUCAGACGUCGAGAAAGUGGUAUGUCUCCAUUUUAUCUCUGUGCCUCUCAAGCACAAGCUGACCAUUAUCUCUAUAGAUGUUCCAACAAGGACUCCGAAACUUAAGAAACCCUGCACGAUCCAGCCAUACGCGGAACAGAUCACGAGCGAGUUCUGGCCAAGCGGGUAUGAGCGAGUAUGA